UCAAAAUAAAGCACUUUUCAAAUGUGAUCACAAAUUGAAUGCAUUUUUGCGGUGAAAUAUAAUCUGAUUUUAAAUGUAGUUUUGAAUUGAGUUUUGAAUUGUUUUAUUGGUUUGAACUCUCAUUUGAGGCCAUAAUUCAUAAUGAGUUUGACUUUUGAUUUACUAAUUGUUGGUUUUGUUUGGUUUUCACUGCAAUUCAUAUGCGGUUUGAAUUGUUUUGAUGAAAACGUUUGGCAAACGUAUGAAACAAAUGGCGAAGAAGUGCCCAAAUUUGACCACAACUCGAGACAAUUGUACGAAAAGGGAAAAGACUUCUUCGAUGUGAUGGUCAGGAAAGAGACAAAGUAUGGCAACUGUUGGCGCGAAGCCGUCCAAUCGCUGCAAACCAAUUGCCAACACUUGGAUGAAGACAUUCAAAGCCGAUUGGCUCUCAGUUUUGCCAAUUGUUUCCUCGAGAGGUCGGGAAUGGAGACCUAUCCGUGUCCUCAACACCAAGACAUCAAACACUGUGUCAAAGACAUGACUGACAGAGCGUUCAACUCCUACACCGAGUUCUUCACUCACACACAAAGUGUCUGUUUUUAUCUUCAGUCGGAGUUAUGGCAGCAGAAGACUGAAUCCACUGUCGAUAGACUGACACAGACUUCAUAUGAAGUGAAGAACCGUUUGGAAGACGCGUCGCAACAAUUGGAUCAAUUGAAUGGUUUGCAGGAGUUGUCCAUCAAUUCCCAAAUGAGGCUAAACGACGAGUUGACGGCCGCCAAGAAUACGAUCGACGAGUUUAAGACCUCUUCGGCCGAACAGCGGUUCAUCGUUAAGGAAAUUCUCGACCGAUUCAUACGAUUGCAAGACUUUGUAUUGAUUGAGAUGUCUUACGGCUAUUCCAUAAUCUUCUUCGUGGUCUCAAUGAUAAUCGUAUACUUCAUGACAACUCCUGUCCGCACAAAUGACAGCCGACUUUGGCUUUUCAUCGUUUUGGUCAUCAAUUUAUUUGUUGAACGACUGAUCGCUUCGUAUUCAGUGGACGACCACUUCAUUGGUCUGAAAAGCACUUCAAUUAUAAUCAACGAAAGGAUUUGGUUAUCGAGAAAAAUCACAUUAACUUUAUUGAGCGCUAUAUUCAUGUGGUUUGCCAUCACUUACAAGAACUACGGUUACGUUAACCACAGUAUCCUUAAUGAACACACUUUGCGUUUAAACCACAUUCAGAACCAAUUGAAUCAAAUCAGCAAAAUUGCUGAAUUUUCGCCUCAAAAAGCAGUGGAAAGUGUGGGCACAACACGACGCGAGUAUUCAUCCGAUAGUGACAGCGAUUUUACAGCCGAUUCUGGCAAUAGUAGCGAUGAAAGUGAGAUCAGCGAUAUCUCCUUCGAGACCUGUUCUACUGUCGAUGUGGUCGUGUCUUCGAGUACUACUAAAGUCAACGAUAAUAAUGAAAUGAAAGUAGAAAAUAAUGAGAAUUCAGUCGCCGUUAACAGUCCUGAGCUUACAAUAAGUCCCCGAUCUUAUAACUUGAGGCCACGAAAGAGUAUUACUUAUACUAAGAGCGGAAUAAUCACUGAAUCAGUGGAUGAUUUUGUGGCUACAGUACAGCUUUCGGAGUGUAUUUCAAAAGCAAAUUCACAAAUAACUCACACGAAUGCCAAGAAUUUCUUAUCGUCCGAUGAGGACUAACUCUGGCGUUAUUUAUUAGUCAUUAAC